AUGUCGCUGAACUUGACCGUGACCGUGCCCCUCGAGGCGAUUCUGGCUGUUCAGGCGGCGGCCGAUGGAGAUAAGACGCAGUCGGUCACCAACUCGAAGAUCGUCGAAGCUGUUGUCGCCGCCAUCGAAGCACUGCCUUGUCGGAUUCAGCCAAAAGACACUUCCGCAGAACAGUCUGUGUCUGCCGCUCCAAAGCCGGCUCCUGUGUACAGUACCGCUCGAUUCGACAUCACAGUACACACUUACAUGGGAAGGACCUUCCAUCAGCGAGUGUCUGCUUCUUCCACGGUCAACGCACUCCGCUCGGCGAUCCAAGACCACCAGGGUAUUCCUUCGGAUCAUCAGCGUCUUUUCUACCAAGGCCAACUUAUGGGCGGUGAUCCUGACGCUGACGGAUUGGAGGCCGGAGAUAUUGCUCUUGGAACGGUGAGUCGCGUACAAAGGUCUUUCUUGAAUUACUGGCAACUAAUUAGCAUCUUGUAGUACGGAUUGACUCGCACCGACAAGGCUCAUCUCUAUCUCACCUGA